UCCUCAGUCUCGCGAAUUGAUUGGAGGCCCAGUAGGUUGUUAAAUUCUCAGCUUUGGCUGUUGGCAGUAAGCAUUUGCACGCGUAGCGCGAAGGGGUGUUCUAGAUUUCAUAUCUCUUGCUGCGAACAUUCCUCUGAAAAUUCUCCAUUCUUAAUUGUGGAUUUAUCGCAAAUCCAAAGCAUCCGAGAUCUCCUCUAGGGAGGUUUGUUUUGAAAUUCUAUUUUCCAUUUCUUUCAUAAUUUUAUUCGUUGGGUUUACGAGGAGAAAGACUCGUGCAACUUAUCCACGUUUUAGGUUCCUUGAUUAGUGAUAAAAGAAGUAUUGUUUUUCUUUCGCAAAGGACGUGAAACUAAUUUUUCUGUGAAAAUCGUUCAUCAGAUGGUCCUUUAGGUCAACAAAAUAAACCCUAAUUCGAAAACAAAAGAUUAUAGUUAGUGAUUUUCAAAUUUUGUGUUAUUCGAUCCUUAAUUUUUUUUUUUUUUAUAUAUAAGGAUCUUGGGUACUGUUGUUCUCUUAGAAAAUUUUUAAGAAUUUUGUGUACUGUUUAUCUCAUUUUGUUCAUCGGAGCACAAGUUUUUCAGCAAUUGGACUCAUUGGAUUUAAGUAAACAAGUUUAAAUUUCAAGAUGUUUUUAAAUGAACAAUUGGAUAAAUUCAAGAAGCAGCAAGAGAAGUGCCAGGCAACUCUCACCAGCAUUGCUGCCAAAUCUUCAAAGUCAUCAUCGUCCAGGGCUCCACCUGUAGCGGCGUCACCUGUAACAAAGGCUCCUGCUCCUGCUGUCAAAUUUUCAAAUGAUACAGAGAGACUUCAACAUAUUAAUAGCAUCCGAAAGGCCCCUGUUGGGGCUCAGAUUAAGCGUGUUAUAGACCUUCUCUUGGAGACAAGACAAGCCUUUACACCUGAGCAAAUUAAUGAAGCAUGUUAUGUUGAUGUGAAAGCCAACAAAGCUGUUUUUGACAGCUUGAGGAACAACCCAAAAGUCCACUAUGAUGGGAGACGCUUCUCCUACAAGUCCAAGCAUGAUGUGAAGGAUAAGAGUGAACUACUUGUCUUAAUUCGAAAAUUUCCAGAGGGAAUUGCUGUCAUUGAUCUUAAAGAUGCAUACCCAACUGUGAUGGAGGACUUACAGGCUUUAAAAGCUGCAGGACAGAUCUGGUUGUUGUCAAAUUUUGAUUCUCAAGAAGACAUUGCCUAUCCUAAUGACCCUAGGGUGCCAAUCAAGGUGGAUGAUGACCUUAAACAACUUUUCCGAGAGAUUGAAUUACCGCGGGACAUGCUUGAUAUUGAGAAGGAUCUUGCAAAGACUGGUAUGAAGCCUGCUACCAAUACUGCACAGAGGAGGGCUGCAGCACAAGUGCAGGGCAUUUCUACUAAGGCCAAGCCCAAGAAGAAGAAGCAUGAGAUCAGCAAGAGAACCAAGCUGACCAAUGCACAUCUUCCUGAGCUUUUUCAGAAUCUCAAUGGAUCUUGAAACUUGAGGCUAUGUCAAGACAUUCUUGAACUGCCCAUUCGGAGAUAUUCAUAUUUUGACUUGGAAAUUAUGCUUCUUCACAAGUCUUGGGUUAUGUAGAUAAGGAUCUUCGGAGAUUGCACUAAAAUGAUGUGACUUGGUACAUGCUUUUUAUCAAGUGAAUUCUAGUGCUGUGUGGUCUAGGAUUUUUCAUGGCUUAACACAAACUUUUUAUUCACUUCAAACUUCGCAUUAGUGGUUGAGAUUGAUGGUUGCUUUGUUAUGAUGUAAUUCUGACUCUGAUAGGGGGUUAAACACCAUAAAGGAAGAGGAAUAAUGUGGGGUUUGCAAGCUUGAUACAUUGAAAAUUUACAUUCACAUGUCCUGUUUAUCAGUCUUCAAUGCCUAGCUGGAAAGGGACGUGUAUGACUCGGAACUUGUCUUUUACUAUUUGGGUUUUGAGCGCAAACGACUAUAGCUACAAACUCUUUUGUUCUUUUCCAAUUCCAUUUCAAUCAAAUUUGUAGUCGGUUGUUGGCUGAA